AUGAUCACACGACGAGCCCAAACCUGCUUGAGGCUAUCGAAACAAACAAUACGUACUCCUAGAUCUCGAUACAAUGGGGCAAUCCAGAAGCGAUUUGCCAGCACCGCAUCGGCGCCUGCAGCGACGCCUGCAAGCGCAACUUCAUCGGCGUCCCAACUGGCCGUAAUCACCAACGAACUGGACAAGCUCAGUCCACGAUUCAGGGUUCCUGCAGAUUCAAUACAGAUCUUGCGGUCUCCGUCAGAAUUUUAUGAGACCUUGAAGACGAAGAUCCAAAACGCCGAUAGACGAAUCUUUCUUUCAACUCUAUAUAUUGGCAAGAGCGAACAUGAGCUUAUUGACACUAUUCGUGCUGCACUCAAAGCGAAUCCGGAUUUGAAAGUGUCCUUACUGACAGACUACUUACGAGGCACACGAGAGGAGCCAGAAGCAUCAUGUGCCAGCCUGCUCGCCUCCUUGGUGCGGGACUUCGGCUCGGAUAGGGUGGAGGUAUGCCUAUAUCACACCCCAAACCUGGUUGGCACCAAGAAAGCGAUUCUACCCAAGCGCAUUAACGAAGGAUGGGGCUUGCAACACAUGAAAUUGUAUGGCAUCGAUGACGAGAUCAUCAUGUCAGGGGCCAACCUUUCCAAUGACUACUUCACCAACCGGCAAGACCGAUAUCAUGUCUUCAAGUCCAAGGAGAUUACCGAUUACUUUGGCAAACUCUACCGCACGGUCUGCGAUUUGAGUUAUCGCGUAUUACCGUCCGAACGACAACAAAGCGGAUUUGAAACCGAUUGGCCCUCAGGAAACAUCCAGCCAGCACCACUAUCUGACCCCAAAGCAUAUAUCGAAUCUGCAACGAAAGCCUUGCAACCUUUCACGCAACCACCGACUGCGAAUGCGAUGACGGACUCCGACACUUACGUCUACCCACUGGUGCAGCUAACACCGCUCCUCAAACCAGACACCUCCACGGAGCUGCCAGCAUUGACCGGCAUCCUCGCCAAGCUCGGCACCCCAGAGCUUGCAGGCUCCAAGUGGACAUUCACAGCCGGCUACUUCAACAUGACCCCCGAAGUCCGCGAACUCCUCCUCCGCUCCAACCCCGCCUCCGCAGCCGUCGUCGCAGCAUCACCCUGGGCCAACGGCUUCUACGGAAGCAAAGGCAUCAGCGGCAUGCUCCCCGCAGCAUACACCCUCCUCUCCCGCCGCUUCCUAGAUGCCGUCUCCCAACGCAACGUAAGCGACCGCAUCUCCAUCAAAGAAUGGCGCCGCGGCACCGUCAACACCCCAGGAGGCUGGACCUACCAUGCCAAAGGCAUCUGGAUCACCCUACCCGGCGACGCACACCCUAGCAUCAGCCUGGUCGGAAGCUCCAACUAUACCAAGCGCAGCUAUUCCUUGGAUCUGGAAGCCAACACGUUGAUUGUGACCCGCAACGCGGAUUUGCAGAAGAGGCUGGGCGAGGAGGAGACGUGGCUGCAGGAGUAUGCGACGCCCAUGACUCGGGACGACUAUGCCAAGACGGAACGGAGAGUGGGAUUGCAUGUGCGGAUUGCGAUGUGGAUCGUCACGCUGGUGGGCGGGGCGCUUUGA